AUGGAUGUAAAAGACGCAACAUACGGAUUAAAUCUCUUAUGUUGGGCUUGUCAAUGCAAAUCGAUAGAAGCAGUCAAAAAGAUAUUACAGCAAGGCGAUAUUGAUAUCAAUCAAAGACUGGGUCCUCAUCAAAUCACCGCACUUCAUGUGGCCGCCGCUGUAGAUUUUUCAUUUGGAAUCGAUUAUUUAACUCAGCAUCCAAACCUUGAUUUGAAUCUCAAAGACGUCUAUGGAUUGACUGCGGUGCAUUACGCAGCACGGCACUCUAAAACCGAUUCCAUGGCAACCUUAUUGGAAGCAGGAGCCCGUUCUGAUUUAUACGAUCGACAAGGAAAAUCUGCAUUACACUAUGCUAUUCGCAACGCAAACACGAAAAUCGCCAAUAUGAUCUUAUCGAAACGUGGAAGAAACAACCCGACUUUUACAAACUUAAUAUGGGCUUCUUUCAAUGAUAACAAUUGUCCUAUUGAAGAAUCUAUCAUCAUGGCAGUUGGAAAUUCAACAGAAAUGCUAAAGCAACUUUUAAUCGCCGGUUCGUUAAUAUCACUCCAGUCCGGUGGUUGGUGGGAAGACAGAUAUUUACAUAAACGAAAUAACCUCAUUGAACUAUGCAUUGAUUGGAAUCGCUUUGAUUGUCUGCGCUAUUUAGUAGUCAAUACCAGUAUACCUCUUUUGCCUCAAGCCCUAGACAAAGCCGUUCGUCAGCGCAAAUUGGAUUUUGUAGUAUAUCUAUGUGAUCAUGUCGGCAUCAAUCCAUGUCUCCAAAAUGGAAACAAUCCAUCACUUUUAUACGCUGCUAAUCAUGGGUUUAUGGAAAUGAUACCGUAUUUGUUACAAUCAACAACAUCUAUCGACUGUAUUCAACAAGCCAUUUUGUUUACAAGGAUGGUCGGAAAAGACAAGCAAUUCUGUGACAUACUAAAACAACAGUGGAAGCCUCCGACAGCCUCAAAUGAAUGA